GGCACUGCAGCCAACAGUCGAGAUCGUGGGAUUCGUGGCAGUUCGUUGGGCGAAAGUACAAAGGCUCUGUGAAGAUGACUUGGGGAUGGUUAUUAUUGAUUAUGCUGGCAGUUUUGCCUUCUAUAGACGCAUCAUCAGUGGAAAAUUAUUAUUGUGGUGACGAUAAUUGUUAUGAUUUGCUUCAAAUAACUCGGGAGGCAACCAAAGCAGAUAUCAAGCGAGCAUUCAGAGCUGUUGCAUCAAAAACCCAUCCAGACAAGUUCCAGGAUCCCAGUGAGAAAAGAAAUGCUGAAAUCAGAUUCAAAAAGCUUGCAACUGCGUACGACAUCCUGCGUGAUGACGAGUUCAGACAAGACUAUGAUUACAUGCUGGACCAUCCAGAUGAAUUCUACAUGAACUUCUAUCGAGCUUGGAGACGUCGCAACUAUCCCAAUGUUGAUGUCAGGAUUGUCUUGGCUGUCACCAUCUCGCUUAUAUCUGGUGUCCAGUACUACAAUGGCUGGAGCAAAUUCAACGAAGCCAUCAAGUUUUUUAGCUCAACACCCAAGUAUCGCAAUCACGCCUUGGAGAUAGCGAAGCAGGAGGGACUACUCGGUGCUGCCAACGAUAAGAAGAAGCAGCGCAGAAUGACGAAGCAGCAAAUAAAGGAAGAAGAGGAGCAAAUUAUACGAAAGGUUAUAGAAGAUAAAAUGGACAUAAGAGGCGUCUAUGCCAAGCCCACCAUCUAUGACCUACUGUGGGUACAGAUGGUGAUGUUGCCCAUAUGGACGUUCCAGUAUCUGGCUUGGUACUGCAGCUGGAUCUACAGGAUAUGGAUCCUCAAGAGAGAUUACGAGAAGGAAGAUAAGAACUACCUCAUCAGGAAGAAGAUGUGCAUGAGCCAAGGCCAAUAUGAUGCCCUGGACGACGAGACUCGCGAGAAGUACCUUAAGCUCGAGCUGUGGAAACAGGAAAAUUUUCAAGUCUGGAAGGCCGAACGUGAUGAAGAAAUUCGCAUCAAGCAAGCGUCUUCUGGCCGCUUCAAGAGCUACCGUCGCUACCUCAAGAACAACGGCCCCGGUCGAAUGUAUUUUGAUGACUAAUUAAUAUGGGAGUGUGAGCGUCGUUUCUUGUCGAAUUUGGUCAGUUCAUUAUAUUCAUGAAGGGAAUCUCGAUGUUUACUUUUUUUGUUGCGAUUAUCUUGCUGUUGAGAAAAAAAAGUAAAUUUGUUACUUGGUUUAUCUGUAAUUUGGUGUUUGGUUUUUAAAUUUGGUGAUAGAAAUUCUUCAUCAAUUUAUUCGGCAUCAUCAAAGUAAUUGAGGGACUCCGCUGCUUUACCAAGAAACCACCGGACGAAGUCUCCUGCAAGCGGAAUUAUUAAGACGGUAUUUUGAAAUUGAUUUAUUUAGUUGUCACAAAAAUUCCCAGAGGUGGUGUACAUCCAGAGUGUUUUCUUUUUCAAUCCGGUUGUGGCAUUCGAUAGAAAAUUACAAGAAACUGAUGUAAAUUAAGAGAUUAGAUUAUAUAAUUCGGUAUCGUAACGGAGGCAGAUUUUGACUGCGCAAAUUGCCUAUAAAGAGUUGAUUUCAAUGCGUCUUUGCCUCAGCAGCCGUUUGCAAACUCCCCUGCAGCAAUUUCAGUUCCACUUAAAAAAUCUCUUUACUUGUAUUAACAAAUUAUUUUGAAUGAUAGAUAACAGUAGAAUGUUCAUGUUACUUCUCGAUAUCUUGAGUAGAACUUGAGGCUGGUGAUGAUGUCGAUUAUUGGAUUUGUUGCUGUAAAUCUUCAUUUGAAAGUUCCCCGUAUGAUGCCAGUAUCAGGUUAAGGAAGAGACCGAUGUGUUUUGGCUUUCCUAGGCACAUAUUUUCCUGUUGUGAUCUUGAAAUCGAAUUUGCUCUUUUCCAUGUUAACCAGAGCUAAGCCUAAAUUAAUAUUUGGUUAGUGAAAAUUUCAUUAAAUUUUAAUUAAUUCUAAUUCUUGUAAAGGUUGCAAUGUCCACUGAUGUUCCUGCCAUGCGCACGCUAUUAACUUGCUUGAUGUUCAUAUUCAUCUGUAAGACAGUGUAAGGCCCGUGUCACCAAUUUAUCGUGCUGCUCAAAGUUGCUAGCAGUUUUCUCAGCUGUUGGCCUUGAUGAAACCAUUGGAAUCUACCAAAAACGAACAACGAUCCGGAAAGACCAGAUUUUUCUCGUUAUCUCAUUCAUGUUGUGAGAAUAGAGUUUAGUUACGUAUUUGUAUUCCAUCUAUAGUCAUUAUUUCACUUGGUUUGUGAAAUAGUUUGUGUUGCAAUUGUCAGAGGUUGUUUUAGUAGGUAAUUAGUUUGCGUCAGGCUCACGUGGGUAGAAUUUCUGUACUGGUAACUUGCAGGUGGCACUAAUUACGCUUGCGAACGGUUUGGGCGAGAGGUCGUUUUGUUCCAUAGGUCGAUGUCGUCAAUUGAGAUAUUAUAAUAUAUGACAUACAUUUUAAGGGUUUAUAUUAAUAAUUUAUCUCCAUUAACAAUAGUUUAAAAUGAAUUGUUAUUUACUUUCUGUAAGUUCAGCCGAAUUUUUACAUUGACGUUCUAUCAGGUGAAGCAAGCGUUUAUCGGUCAAUAUCUUCAAGUCCUCUCCCGCAAAAUGAGGGAACAUACCGUACGUUGACUCUAUGACGUUUCUCAGGUUUAUUUACAUUGAUGCAGUCACAAUCAAAUUGAUGAUCACUUUCAUCUUGUUUGAGGCAGGGAAUGUCGAUUUAUUUUUAGAUACUCUCCGAUUGUUUUCUUCACAUUAGCAAUGCAAUUAAAGGGGCUGGUAAGCACCUGACCAUAGCUUGGUACAAUUUGUCGUCAUCAAUAAUAGUUCUUUUACCUUUACAUUAUAUAAAGGUCGCAAAUGAAGGCUUCUGUUACUUAACAAAAAAAAAACAUUCAGUAAUGAAUAUAUUUACAGAUAGUACCCCCCCCCCCACUUCCAGUAUUAGAAUUCAUGGAAUUCUCAACUCUAUGCAUUAUUUUCUGUGCACAAUGCGGACAAUUCGGGUUCAUUACAAUGAAGCAUUUCUC